GGGGUUUUAGGCGAAACAGAGCACGCAUUGAAUAGCCAGCCCACUGGGGUUAAUUUGGUUGGGUCUUGGAUUUUUAUUGGCCUACUGGCUACUAGGGGGUUUCUAUCCACCACGGGAAGGUCAAUGUUCUCGUUAAUAGCGUCGGUUUGCUUUGCCGUAUGCACGAUGCUAGAAUUAAACUGACCGCUGAAGAUUUUGUCUGUUUGUUGAUUUUAGUUGUUUCCUACUGUGUACUAGAAACAUCUGGUGCAGUUCUUGUUGGAUAACUGACCUUGUGUGAAGUUAUGAUUCCCCCUGACAGCUCCAACUGUACAGGAACGUCCUUCUCCUUAACUCUUUGACAAAUUUGCACUCCCUGCAAAUCUAACUGUCCUUUUUAGUGGAAUUUAAGGCACUGAUGUAAGUGAUGUGAAAAAUUAGUUGGUUCUCCUGGUGCCAGUUGCUUCUAAUGCAGGUUUCUUCUAGUCCUGAGGUUCAGUGGGGUGAUGCUGUACGGUCAUGUGAUGAUUAUACAUAGGACUUGCAUCACGCAAGGGUUGGUAGUAGCACAUGCACCCGGCCAGAUGCAGUUGAAUUGCCCUUGUUUUGUUUCUUUUGGAGGAGAGCGCUUCCACUUGCUUCUGCCUUUUCAUGAGGUUCCAUAGUGCAGUUUGACAUUUUCAUUCUGGGCCGCGAGUUGCUUGCCGAUGACUCGGGCAUCAACUAUAGAUUUUGGGCGGAAGACGCAGAGUCAGGUCAAUUGGUCUGGGCCGUUGCGUCCGGUCAAUGUCAUCAGAAAUAAAUUCCCUACCUACAAGAAUGGUGCGAACGGGAUAAUUAUCAAAUUGGCAGAUGACCCAGAAACGCCAUCGCUUAAGGAGACUGUUGCCAAGGAGACAGCAGAUCUGCUCGAUCGGCGUCAGCGCCUCUCAGUUCGUGAGCUAGCAAUGAAGUUCGAGAAGGGUCUCAAUACGGCCACACUGUUGUCUAAUGAGGUUAAAUGGAGACAAGUGGCUCUACUGGAGCGAAACAUCCUUCUGAAGAAUCUAAUGAGUGUAUUGGAGUCACUGAGAGAUCGAGUAGCUGGCAAAUAUAAGGAUGAAAUCGAGGAGUCUGUAUCUAUGGUGGAUAUUUUAGCAGUCCAGCUGUCCAAAAGAGAAGAUGAGUUGCUUCAGCAGAAAACAGAGGUCACGAGAAUAGCAUCUUCACUGAAACUGGCUUCAGAAGAUGCCAGGAGAAUUGUUGAUGACGAAAGAGCUAAUGCUCGAACAGAGAUAGAAAAUGCUAGAGCUGCUGUACAAAGAGUCCAACAAGUACUUAAAGAGAAGGAAAAACAUUCACAUACAAUUGGGAAGCAGGAUAUGGAUGAGCUUCGGGAAAAAGGUCAAGAAGCACGAAGAGUUAAAAUGCUACAUUGCCCUAGCAAGGCAAUGGACAUAAAAAAUGAGAUCCAUGUUCUACGUGGUCAAUUUUCUGAGAUAUCCGCUAGCUCUGCUCAUCUUUUGAAAGAGUUGAAGUUGCAUCAAAUCAAGGAGAAGGAUGUGCCCUCAUAUGAGCUAGAGGGUCUUGAAAGCUUGGGCUCAAUGCUGCGUGUAGUUGUCCGGUGUGAUGUGCCUUUACCAAAUUCAUCAGUCCAGUGGUUUCGCAUACAGCAUAAAGGAAGCAAGAAAGAGUUAAUUUCAGGUGCCACGAAGCUAGUAUAUGCUCCAGAACCUCAUGACGUAGGGCGGUACCUGCAAGCCGAGAUUAAUCUAGGUGGUGAAGUCUCAGUCGCAAAGACUACUGGCCCAGUAGACCCUGCUGCAGGUUUGGUAGAUUAUGUAGAGACUCUUGUAAGGAAUCCUGAAACCGAAUAUAAUGUUAUUGUUCUUCAAGUGAACGGAGUCAAUCAGUCUACAGACUCCAUCCAUGUCCUAUGCAUCGGGAAACUGCGGAUGCGGCUCGCCAAAGGAAUGACAGUCGUUGCCAAGGAAUUCUAUUCGCCGUCGAUGCAGCUAUGCGGCGUUAGAGGCGGUGGGGAUGCCGCUCCUCAAGCGAUGUUCUGGCAACCCUGUGAAGACCUCAGCUUGGUCCUGGGCUUCGAGACGGCCAGGGAGCGCAACUCGGCAAUCAUGCUCGCCCGGAGAUUUGCUAUCGAUUGCAAUAUUGUCCUUGUCGGUCCAGGGGACAAAACUCCAUGGUGAACUCGAGCCCUAGCUAGUAGUCCCGAGCUCUAACCCUUGACAGAAUCGAUGUACAUGUAUGUGCAGUGCAUGGCAGUAGUAGCUCAGUACUCUGCAUUUGAAUCGGUUUUCUUGUUCUUUCUUUGGAGUUGGGAGGUCUAGUAUCUUGCUAGGUAGUGUAUAUACAUAUUUGUUUUCCUUCUCAGAGUACCCUGGUGCAAGCCUCAAGCCGUGCCAUUGUAACUUCCAUUGUGGACAAUAAAAAAGAAUGUGAUGGUGAUGGACUGAACCACAUGUUGUUUCUUAUGCAAA